AUGCCACUGAAGAGCUGCACACGGUCAGCGAGCUCUGCCCUUUACUGCCCAGUCCAAUCCCACGCCGCACGGUCUCUCCGACCCGCGAUCCGAGUCGCCCGACCACAACCGCCUCCUCGGUUCUUCUCCACGACCCAUCCUCGCUCUGCGGCGCCUGCUCUCUCCGCCGACGUUGACCACUAUGCGGUGCUGGGCGUAGGAAAGGGCGCGACGCGGAAGCAGAUCAGGGACAAGUUCUACGAGCUCUCACGCAAGUACCACCCCGACGCACCCUCGACCUCGACCGAGACGCCCGAACAGCGCACUACGCGCUUCCAGCAGCUCUCGUCGUCGUACUCUGUCCUCUCCGACCCAGACCAGCGACGAGCGUACGACCUUUCGCGAACGGGAGGGACGGUUCCGCCGCAUCGACGACGACCUGGACACCCGGGGUAUACGGCUACGAGUCCAGGGAUGGGGUAUGCUUCGGACGGAGGAAGGGCAGAUGGGGCGUGGACGGACAACGACGAGCGGCGGAACCGCGCCAACUAUGCUUGGCAGCAUCCAUCGAGGCGAGGGCAGCCUGGAGCAGGUCAGGACGCAGCAAGCGCGGCAGGUGCUCGGCCAGAUCCGUUUGCGUCGCGGAGAUCGAGGGCAUACCAUUACGCUGGGACGGAUCACAUGGCGACGUAUGCUGGACGAGCGCAGACGAGGUUCGCGCAGCAGCAGGCGGCGGGGCUGAACGGGGACAAGCACUGGAGGGCAGGGACGGCGAUUUUUGGACAGCAGAAGGCGGAGGAGGAGAGCAGGUUGAUCAACGACAGCUCGUCAUUGCGGACAGGACAGGUCGUGCUCGCUUUUGCAGGCGCCUUCGCCAUUGCGAUCGCCCUCUCGCGCGGCGACAAGGACAAGGACGCCAAGACAUCUCGACGAUAG